UGCUAUAACUAAUUACUGUGUCUUCAUACCACAGGGCCGACAUGGCUGAACUGUUGAGAAAUUCACUAACAAUUCCCGGUUCUUCAUGUGGUGGUGGUGGUGGAUAUAGUUUCCCCCAUUACCCAACAACAACCACUUUCAAUUUUAAAACCCUAGUUCCAAGUAGAAGAAGGCUUGCAAGGAUUAAUGCCCAAAGCUCCUUGGUUAUUACAUCAGAAGAUUCAAAAUCCGGUGGCCUCAAUCAUUCUUCAACUGAAUUAAUCAAACUACACUAUCUUGAAGAAAGGGAUGAAGAAAUACUGUCGAGAAGGAUUUUAAACCUCAGUAGACUGAACAAGGUUACAAGUGCAGUAGAGUUGUACAGAUCCAUGCAAUUUUCAGAUCUUCGUCCCAAUUCACACGCCUGUAAUUCCCUCAUCGCAUCCCUCUUAAGAAACCAAAUGCUCGAUUCAGCUCUAACAAUCUUCGAAUCCAUGAGAACAAGCGACCUCAUCAGUAGCCAUACUUGCAGCCUAGUCCUCAAGGCAGUUUCCAAUGCCCGUGGCUUCGAUGCAGCAUUGCACAUGUUCAACGAUCUAGAAAGCCAGGUCGACGUCAGGAAAAUCUUCGACCCCAUCGUCUACAACACGAUGAUAUCCGUUUGUUCUAAAUCGAACAAAUGGGUACAGGCCGAGAGAAUCUGGAGACUCGUUGCGAAUUCCAAUACGUGUAUCGCGACUAGCCUCACUUAUCGCCUGUUGAUAUGCACGUUUGUUCGGUGCGGGCAGAACGAGUUGGCAAUCGACGCGUACGAGGAAAUGAUUCGUCACAAACUCGAUCCGACAGAGGAUGUUAUGCACGCUGUUAUAGGAGCGUGUAGCCGAGAAGAAGGUAAGUGGGAGUUGGGAUUAAAUGUCUUUCAAAGAAUGCUGGACGAUGGAAUGAAACCAACUAUUGUAGAUUGUAAUUCCCUGAUUAACGCGUUGGGGAAACACGGUGAAGUCAAACGAGCCUUUAGAAUCUACCAAGCGAUGAAGUCUGACGUUAUUGGUCACAAGCCGGAUGCAUAUACAUGGAACGGGCUUCUUGGCGGUUUGUACAAAGCGAACAGACACGGUGAAGUUAUUAAACUGUUUCAGAGAAUUAAGGAUGAUGAAGAAGAAGAAAACAAUAAUAAUGUGAUAAAUUCACAUUUAUACAAUACAUGUCUAAUGUCAUGUCAAAGGCUAGGUUUAUGGGAUAAAAGUCUGCAACUAUUAUGGGAGAUGGAAACAUCCGGAUUUCAGAUUUCAACCGCGACCUAUAAUCUCGUGAUCGGGGCCUGUGAGGUGGCGAGAAAGCCGAAAGUCGCAUUGCAGGUUUACGAACGGAUGAUGGACCAAAAAUGUGAACCGGACAUGUUUACACUUUCAUCUAUGGUCAGAAUUUGUGUGUGGGGUUCCAUGUGGAUUGAAGUGGAGCAAAUCAUAAAGAGUGUUGUUGGGAGUAAUAAUGGCGAUUGGUCGUCACUUUAUAACAUUGCGAUUCAAGGAGUUUGUUUAAGAGGGAAAAGCGACAUGGCUACUAAGAUGUACAUAAAAAUGAGAAAGAGUGGACUCGAACCAGAUGGGAAAACCAGGGCUUUGAUGCUUCAAAUAUUGAAAGAUAAAACCAAGCUCAGUGAAGUGGUUUCAUCAUCAUCAGUAUCUUAAUUACAAGUUUAUACUAUGAUGUAUUAUAUGAAUUAGAUAUGGAGAAUAGCACAAAAGCAAACAUUAUAUAUUUUUUCUUGAGACA